CCCAGGUUGCAGUUGGCAAUCUCUGCCCCAUUUAUCCCGGGCUUUCUGGGCCGUGGAGAACGCCUCCGACGACCCUUAGUGCGCACAGCGGCCACCUUGGAUCUCGUGCACUGCCGCGAGAUCCAACUGGUCAUUUAUUCUUCUCGUGCGCAUGCGCGAGGUCACGGCAGCCGUUUUCUUGGAGCCGCGACCUGCGCUGAUACUGGCCGUGCAGCGGCCAUCUUGGUGUACUGCGCCUCGUCGAGACACCAAUUAUAA